AUGGCUGUGUGUGCGGACUGCAAAAUAAAAAACUCACGGUUGGAAGAGAAGCUUUGUCGUCUGCAAAAUGAUCUCCGUGAGAAGGAUAGGCUGCUGGAGGGCUUCAUAUCCGUAGCUUCAGCUCAAGCCAAACAUAUAUCCCUGAGUCAGGCCUCCAGGAUCACCGGUCUUUCGCCCUCGGCUCUGGCACCACAGCUGGUUUCGGCCUCCGCUGCCACUCUGCCCUGGUUGGCCUCCCUGCAUUCUUCGAUCGGGCCAGCCGAGGGCCCUGCAGCCGGGGGUCCAGCCGGCUCACCCGUGCCGCACAGCGCAAAGCCGGCAGGCUGUCUCCCCACCUCUCCUCCCGCGCAUCGGUACAGUCAGGAUCUGAGACCGCUGGACGACCCUGACACUGGCAUGGUAGCGGGGCUCCCAGCGCUCCCUACCCACAGCUCGACCCCAAAGCUGAAGGGGCAGCAAACCUGGCUCGAGGUGGCGCAACGCGGACGGAGGACGACCGCAGCGGAGAGAGUCCCUUCACCACCACGGCUCUCUCUCUCCAACCGCUUCUUGGCCCUGAGGGAUGAGGCUCCCGCUGUCCCAGUCCCUGCUCCGGCUCCACCUCUCCUGACGGUCCCAGCUCCAGCAGAGGCGGCUCCGCGGAUGUCCAACUCGGACCUGGCACCGCGGCCCUCCUCGACCGGGAUACUGCGUCGCAGGCUGCUGAAGGAGGCCGUCUCCAGGCGCUCGGAGAGGCUCCCCCGGGCCGGCAACAACCUCACUCCACCUGCGUCCGCUCACUGCCGACAAUCGCCGUCUCCUGCACAGGUGGAGCGCCCAACUUCUGAAGGCUUCAGCGCCUGCACACCAGCUCCUCGUCCCCUUUUUCCCCCGACCACGCUCAUCAUCGGAGACUCCAUAACCAGGUACAUCAGGUUUUUUAAUGCCAUCACUCACUGUUUUCCCGGCGCCAUGGUACCUGUCAUCCUGGACAAACUUCUUAAUCUACUCCCCUCUCUCCCCUCCUCUGUCACUAAGAUUGUGCUCCAUGUUGGUUCAAACGACAUGUCCCUUAAGCAGUCAGAAAUCACAAAGAGGGAUUUUAACUUGCUUUUUAACGUUUUAAAGGACACUGGAAAGACUGUUUUUAUCUCUGGCCCGAUCCCCACUCUCGGUCGUGGAGGGGAACGUUUUAGCAGGAUCCUCAGCCUCCACACCUGGCUCCAAUCCACAUGCCCCACCCACAACUUCGGUUUUAUUGACAAUUUUAAUCUGUUUUGGGACCGAGCAUCACUUUUUAGCCAUGAUGGGAUCCACCCCAACAGGCGGGGUAGCCGAAUGCUCUCUUGCAACAUCCAGUAUAUGAUCCACUCCUCACCCGUCUGA